UAGAAACGAAACACUUAAGAGUAGCCGACACUUGUUUAAAUACGAAUGUAAUUGCAAAAAGAUAACGCAUCAACGAAUAUGUUAUUUAAUUAUAAUAGUAUCGUAAAUGGUUUGCUUCCUUUAGAGCAGUUCUAAAUAAUUAGAUCAUCGGUAAUUAGUGUUGGUAGAAACAAAAUAAUGGCGGGCUAGAAGUUUAAAAUGCUGAACUAUCUAUCGUAGCACAAAGCUGAAGGCACAACAAUCUGGGAAAACACAUGCGCCCACGUUUAAAUAUGGUCGCAUGUCAAUUUCUCGUGAACCUCUUGUUCCAACGUGACACGUCAAGGUGAAUUAUGAUACGUAAUUAAUUACACUUUAACGUUGGCUUGCCCAUAUGAAUAGUUACCAAAGUUACCACCACAGUUACCAAAGAUAUAACCUAAAAAUAUUGCGCCUUGAAAUUGCAUAAAUUUAUACUCACGUCAUGCUUGGGAAUAUGUACUACCUGUAAACGCAUGUAUGCACACUUUGGCGAUGUAGAAUGGCCAUACCAUAUGAAAAUUACGACAACGUUACUCUUAAUGAUGUGCUCGGAUGGGUUGCUUCUGGAGCUAUGAUCAUCGGAGGAGUGGUUCCAUAUAUCCCUCAAUAUAGGGAAAUUCAAAUUAAGGAAGACACUAAGGGUUUUUCCCUAUAUGUGUGUCUUGCGCUGCUCAUCGCCAAUACUUUACGUAUCUUAUUCUGGUUUGGAAAGCGUUAUGAAACUCCUCUUUUACUGCAAAGUGUUUUGAUGAUUAUAACCAUGCUAAUUAUGAUUAGAACUUGUGUGAAUAUUAAAAAUAAAAAUCAAAUAACAAGGUCAAAAGAACGUGUAUUUACAGGUAUAAUGAAUCUCUUUUUUAUAAUGUUUGAGGUAGACUUGGAUACUAAAUACUUUUGGAAGUGGACAGACUUCCAGUCUUAUGUUAUUUUUAUGCUGCUUUUUGGAGCGGUAGGAGCUGCUCUCAUGUAUUUACUUGUGGAUGUCUUAGUAUUUGUUGAGAUUGUUGGUUUACUAGCAGUAUUAACAGAAGCAAUGCUAGGUAUUCCUCAAUUUUUAAAAAACUGCCAUAACAAGUCAACUGAAGGAAUGAGUAUAACUAUGGUUACCUUGUGGACAUUAGGAGAUACAUUCAAGACUUGUUAUUUUAUACAAAGAGAAGCACCAGUUCAAUUUGGAAUUUGUGGUACUCUACAGAUUGUGGUAGACCUUGCUAUUAUUACGCAAGUAUACUUGUAUAGGACAAAUCCUGCUGCUUUACGGACAGGUACAAGAGCGGAUUAAGAAUAAUUGUACUCCUAGUUUAUCAAAAUACUGCUGUAAAAUACUUUUACAUAUAUUUAAUGAUCAUGAAAACAAUUCUUCCACCUUAUUAGAUAGAUCUACCUAUACCAAACAACGAAUUAUUAUACUUUUAUACAGUCAGAUUAGUGUAAUAUAUUUUAUAACAAUUGUGAUGUAUAGUAAAUACUAUUACUUUUCCAAGUUUUACGAAGAGCAUUAUAUAUAAAACAAUUAAUAUAUUAAGUCAGUGUAACUAACUUAUAUUUUUAGUACAUUUUAUUUCUAUGAAUAAAUUAUAGUGCGACCUUGUUAAUUUUGUGCUUUAAAAUACAUUUUUGUG